CACAAAUCGCACCGCCGAUGAUGUGAAAUCGCUUUGCGCUGCAUCCUCCGGGUCCGGCCAAGGCCACUGCUAAGCCCGACUGUAUCCAUGAUUGUGCAGGCUCGUUGGUCGAAUACAUCAUCGCAUUAGCUCCAUGGCAGCGGUGUAGGACUAGCCGAAGAAUGAACUUAACGUCUGUUCUUUCUCCCAAUCAGAGCCGACACACUUGGCUCUUGGGGCCUCACGACCCGCACCGACCGCUUCGGCAGCGAGUGUCUUAUGAGCCUGCCCCCUGAUUCUAGACUCAGAUUCUUUCACCUACUUUCUGACGUCCCAACAAUGACUAAAUUCAGCAUAUGGGUGAAGAAGCACCUAGGUAUCAAAUCGGGUGCCCAGAAACAGUCGACGGAUGAACCACCAUACCUACCAUUGUCGCGACGACCAAUCACACCAAAAUCGCUCGAUACACGUACAUGUCUAUUCUUCCAAUUACCCUACGACAUCAGGAGUAUGAUCCUCUUCAUGGCCUUUGGUGGCCGUACCCUUCAUGUGGACCUCGUGCGUCAGAAGAAUGUAUGGCAAUGGGGAGGCGCUGUGUGCUGCAGAAAUAGGGAUCCUGGGUGUGGAAUGUCACAAGGCGGGUUUGCGAGCAAAAGAUCUGCUGUCCGCACGAUGCCGUGCCCCAGUGAUUACACCUCUGUCAGAUUGAUGCGUUACGGUUGGGUCGGUCCGUGGUGCGACAGAUGCAUGGACUCAAUUUAUAGAAGCGGAGGGGGGUACUGGGAGGAGGACAAUACUGGAAUCAUGGGGUUUCUGCUGUCAUGCAGACACGCGUACACCGAGGGGAUUGACGUACUCUACUCUACCAACUGCAUCAGCAUCGAGAGUGAGCCCUUGCUUCUUCACCUACCUCAGCUUCUUCCUUCAAACAGGCUCGCGUCAAUCACUUCUCUUGAGAUGCUUGUCAGGGCGCAUCGAAUUGAGCAUGCUGACGGAAGUUCAUCCUUCAGUAUGGAUCACCUGAAGCCGAUGCUUGACCAUGUCGCCAUGCUCUGCCACCACCUCCGUGAGCUCUGCUUGUCAUUUGUUGUUGACAGCGACUGCUGCGAGCUUCUUGAUGGCCCAACACUGCCGCUAGUCGAUUCCUUCUACAAGUCCAAGCCGUUGCGAAACAUGAGAGUGGAGCUACCAACUGCCGACUACAGACCAGCAUGUAGAUCAUGUGUUAUUGGCGACCAUCCCGAUGAAGCGCGCACCAAUCAUAAGCAGGAACGAUCGCCCUGGAGAUCUUUAGAUGACGAGAAACCAAAAACGCAGAACAGAAGUAUCGAGCGCUAUCCUUAUCCCCCACUGAAGCUGCCGGCGGCACAUGGGGAUGAGAUCAGAGAGAGCCAAGGAUACUGGCUGUGUGAAGGUGAUCGUGGGCCAGAACCGCCGCUAAUAAUGUGUCACGUACCGUAGUGCGCGGAGAGUAGUUUUACUAACAGGGAUGUCGCUAUAUUACACUGAGU